UAUUUUCAGAAUCUUCUCACCUCAAAUUUAUAUUUCUUUUUCUCUGCAUCUUCUACUACUUUCCGAUUCCCUCAGCAACUCGCUAAGAAACUGAGCACUAAGAAGAGCACAGCCAUUAUCCUUUUCAUCAUAAGCAUGUGCUUGAUAGACGCAGAACAGCUUGGUCAAGAAAUGGGGAAUAUGGAGAAUAAUAACAUCAAUACCGACAACAAUAACAAGCAGUGGCCUUUGCAAUGUGAAAUCUUGCACAACCAGACGGAGAAUUUGGACAAGGAAACUCCUUUGAUCAGCUCCAGUCUUCAGAAAACCAUGUUAAACUCAUUUCAACUUGAAAGCAUAUGUGAGGAUACAGUGGUUGUAGACAGAAAACAGAGCCUGCUGAACUUUUCCCCUUCCCUUCGGUCAGGAGAGUGGUCUGAUAUUGGGCGUCGAACCCGUAUGGAGGAUACUCAUAUAUGCAUUGGUGACUUAGCUAAAAAGUUUGGUUAUAAUGUACUCAGUGAGGGAACUAUCUCCUUCUAUGGUGUAUUUGAUGGCCAUGAUGGAAAGGAUGCAGCACAAUUUGUUCGUGACAAUUUGCCAAGAGUAGUUGUUGAGGAUGCUGACUUUCCAUUAGAACUUGAAAAGGUGAUAACAAGGUCAUUUAUGGAGACGGAUGCUGCAUUUGCAAAAACGUGCUCCCUUGAGUCUUCCCGUGCUUCUGGAACAACUGCACUCACUGCAAUGAUAUUUGGGAGGUCUUUGCUUGUGGCAAAUGCCGGAGAUUGCCGGGCUGUAUUGUCACGAUGUGGAGUGGCUGUAGAAAUGUCAAAAGAUCAUAGGCCCUGCUGCACAAAAGAAAGAAUGCGGAUUGAAUCCUUGGGUGGAUAUAUUGAUGAUGGUUAUCUAAAUGGUCUGUUAAGUGUCACCCGUGCAUUAGGUGAUUGGCAUCUUGAAGGAAUGAAGGGUGGCGGUGAAAGGGGAGGACCCUUAAGUGCUGAACCAGAACUUAAAUUAAUGACUCUGACCAAGGAUGAUGAGUUUUUGAUCAUUGGUAGUGAUGGAAUAUGGGAUGUGUUCACCAGCCAAAAUGCUGUUGAUUUUGCUCGAAGGAGACUCCAAGAGCACAAUGAUGUGAAGUUGUGCUGCAAGGAAAUAGUAGAGGAGGCAAUAAAGCGUGGAGCAAUCGAUAAUUUGACACUGGUUAUGGUGAGUUUCCACUUGGAGCCUCCUCCACAUGUGGUGGUAGAGAGGUCUAGAGUCAGACGAAGCAUUUCUGCUGAAGGACUUCAGGAUCUCAAAUGCUUCUUAGAAGGAUAGAAUUACUUGUUUAUUAGUUGAUGUUCCCUUGAUAGGCAAAGGUUCAAACCGGUAGCAAUAAUACUUAGAAAAUGGACGGGAGUUCGGCUUGUGUGUAUAUAUUCAUCCAGAAAGGGACUGCCACUUUGCUUCCUUCUAUAUCCGGUGCUCCAAUCUGUUCCAGAGAAGAUGGAAGGAUAAAGAAGACAUUCGUUUCUUCAGGCUUUGGAAUAACCACUUGUACCCUAUUGGCAGAGAAUGGAGUUAAAGUCUUAUUCGAGGAAAGGAAUGUGUUGUAUAACUGAGGUAGCCAGGCAGGUCUGAUUUUGUGAAGAGGCUGUUCUGUUAUUGUACCUUUGUUUUUCAAGGUAUAUGCAGAGUGUAGUGUACAUUUAUUUGUCAGAACGCCUUCCAUGUCUUGUAAUACUUAUAAUUGUUAUACAAAGUCCAAGGUUUAAGCUUCACUUGGCUAUAAGACUGAGCGUGCGUUCCUUCUCUCUUGAUGAUCGGAAUUGUUGACCUUUGUGGAGUUUUCUGAUCA